AUGAUGCGGAGGUCUGCCAUCGACGGCGACGACGACGACGACGACGACGGCAAUGGCGCGUCGCCGCCAAGCUUGAGCGUCAUGGCGGCGGAGACUGCAACGUCCGGUGGCCGCCGCCCCGGUAGCGGCACCGACAAGGAGGCGGCGGCAAUGACACCCGAGCCGGCACCAGUUCAACCGCCUCCACCGCCCCCAGCGACAGAGAAAACGACCACGACCGCAGCGGGCACGGCAGUCGCAGCGGCAGCCACAGCGGUGACGUCGAAGCAAAAGGCCGUGGCGUGGGCCAAGAAGGCGCUCCGUCUCGUGCUGGCGCAAUGGCUCAUCAUCGGCUUCGGCCUGGCCUGCGUGCUGGCGUACCUGUUUCCAUCCGUGGCGGCGCACGGGGGCGCGAUCCGCUCCGAGUACAGCAUCUUGUAUGGCGCCGUGGCCUUCAUCUUCCUCGUCAGCGGGCUGCAGCUCGCGCCGGCCAAGCUGCGCGCCAACGCGACCAACUGGCGGCUGCAUGUCGUGGUGCAGGGCAUCAGCUUCAUUGUGUUUCCCGCCGCCGUCCUAGCGCUCGUGCACAUCUCCCUCGCUGCCGGCGCCCUGCGCUCCAACACGCCCGCCCUCCCCGUGCUGCUCGGCAUGCUGGCCCUCGCCUGCCUCCCCACGACCAUCGCCUCCAACGUGCUCAUGACGCGCGCCGCGGGCGGCGACGAUGCCGCCGCCGUCAUCUCCGUCGUCAUCGGCAACGUCGCCGGCGCCUUCCUCUCCCCGCUGCUCAUCUACGCCUUCUUCCCCGCGGGUGACCCGGCCUUUGCCCCCUGGCGCCCCGCCGAGCCCGCUACCCUCGGCCGCAUGUACGCCGACGUGGCCAGGCAGCUCGGCCUCAGCGUCGUGCUGCCCCUCGCCGUAGGGCAAGCGUUGCGCUGGCGGUGGGAAGAUGCCACGCGGAGGCUGCUCGAGGUGACGCGCCUGGGGAAGGUGUCGAGCUUCUGCCUCGUGCUGCUCGUCUGGACCACCUUUUCAGGAGCCUUCAAGACCGGUGCCCUGUACCGCCUCUCCCCAGCCUCCGUCAUCUUCGACGUCUUCCUCAACGUGGCGCUGUACCUCAUCUUCACGGUUAUCUGCUUCUUCGCCGCACGCCCUGCAGCCUUCCUAUGCGCUCUUGGCGAACCUCUCCCUCCCUCUUCCUCCUCCGCCUCAUCUACAGCAGCCGUAUCUACGCGGCGGCGCCUCUCCCACCUCUUCCGUCGCGCCCUCGCGCUCAUCUUCCGCCGCAUGCCCCGCGAGCAGGCCGUCGCAGUGUGCUUCUGCGGCGCCGCAAAGACCACCAGCCUGGGCAUCCCGCUCGUGGCCGCCAUGUGGAGCGCCAGCGACGACCUGACGAUGGCGCUGAUCCAGAUCCCCGUGCUGCUGUACACGAUCGAGCAGGUGUUCGUGGCGCAGAUCCUCGUGUACGUGUUCAGGUGGUACCUGCGCAGGGGCAACAAGGCCGACGCCGAGUCUGGGACGGAGCCAGGGGGUGCGGAGAACGUUGCGGAAGUUGCUGAUGACGCGCGGCGUCACGGACAGGCCCGGGGGCAAGGAAGCCGGCUUCGCGAGGACGAUGCAUCAACGGCGCUCGUGCAAGCGGCGCCGCAACCCAACUCGAAGGCACAGUAA